UAUAGAAAUGGCGACCAAGUGUGGAAGGUGCAUGUGAAGAUGGAGAGAGAGUCGGCAGAAGCCUGGCCCAACAAGUGGGGCUUUCUGAUAGACACCUAUCGUGAGAUCCAGAAGGAGAAUGCCAAACUUAAGGAGGUGGCAGGCAAGCUGGAGCUUCCUCAUCACUUAAGAACACAGCCACCGACUCCUCCAGAAAAAUAUAUCCAUGUCAGCCAGUCGCCCCCAGUCCCCCAGACAACUCAGGCCCUGAUUGGCUGGCGUUCUGCCCAGUCGCAGUGUCAGCUGCCGAACUAUGGGGAGGUUCAUCAUGGAAGAUGUAGUUUUCUCAAGGAGCUGGGCUGGUCAUUGGAAACUUGUAGCUGA